AUGCAAGCAGGGAAGAGGCAGUAUUUGAAGACCCCGCUGGGCCCCACAGCGCCCCAGGGAGCCUACGACAGCACCAGACCCCGCUGGGCCCCACAGCGCCCCAGGGAGCCUACGACAGCACCAGCUGACCCCGCUGGGCCCCACAGCGCCCCAGGGAGCCUACGACAGCACCAGCUGCAGCAGCAGCAGCAGCAGCAGCAGCAACAGCAGCAGCAGCAACACCAGCAGCAGCAGCAGCAGCCCUUACUGCAGCAGCGGGGCAGGUGCUCUCCCCGCCCCGAUAUCCUAUUCUAUCCCUCAGAGGAGGCCCUGGAAAGGGCCUGGGGCAGUCUGCUGCUGCAUGAGCAGCAGCAGCAGCAGCAGCAGCAACUACAGCAGCAGCAACAGCGUCAGCAACAACUACAACAGCAGCAACAACUACAGCAGCAGCAACAGCUGCUACAGCAGCAGCAGCAGCUCCUACAGCAGCAGCAGCAGCACGCAGAAGCGGCAGCUGCUUCGGUGGCUGACGAAGCGCAAAGAGAUGCAUCCUCAAGCUACUUGCAGCAGCAGAACAUCGCAGCAGCAGCAGCAACAGCAGCAACAGCAGCAGCAGCAGCAGCAGCAGCAGCAGAACCGACGCAAGAGAGCAUUUUGCCUUCAUCGUUGCUGCCGGUGGGUUCGCCUCGGGCAGCAGCAAACGACAGCAGCAGCAACAGCAGCAGCAACAGCAGCAGAAGCAGCGAAUGCAGCGCUUUCUACACGCCCCGCAACAGCAGCAGCAACAGCAGAAUCAGCAGCAGCAGGAGAAGCAGCAGCAGCAGCAGCAUCCUGAUGACUGCGCGCAGCACAGACUCUCCGCCUGACGACCCGCCGGGCCCAGGCAGCACACAGCAGCAGCAGCCUGCAGCAGCAGCAGCAGCAGCAGCAGGGGCAGCAGCAGCAGCAGGAGUACCUGCAGCAGAGGCUGCACUGGCAAGAGCACCAGAAGCAGUAGCAGCAGUCCAGGCAGCAACAGCAGAAGAGGCAGAUGCAGCAGCAGCAGCAGCAGCAGCAGCAGCAGCAGCAGCAGCAGCACCAAUGCUAUCGAUGCAGAGCAGGGGGUCACAGGCAUUCUGCACCCCAAGGGAAUUCUAG